AUGUCAUCGCCAGAACCUUCGCAGGCUUUCGGCUUAUCACAAGGCUUCACUACGAAACUCGCCAUUUCCAGUCUCAUUCUCUUAGUCCUCUACUGGACCUCAAUUGCAUUCUACAAUGUAUAUUUCCACCCACUAGCCAAGAUUCCCGGUCCGUUGCUCGGACGCGCACCUCUACUAUGGCGAGUCAAACACUCAAUGGGAGGAAGAUUCCACGUCGCCAUCGACAAAGCACACAAAAAAUACGGCGACAUAGUCCGCGUCUCACCCAACGAACUCUCCUUCGCCUCAGCCGAAUCCUGGAAAUCCAUCUACGGCCACCCGGUCGGGGGAACAAUCACAAUGGUGAAAAGCGAGUUCUACGAGAUGUUCGGAUCAGGUUUCGACUCGCUGUGUAUUGCCUCAGAGCGGAACCGCGCGUUCAUUCCCGAGUCUAUUGUGCAGAGUUGUAUAGAUGGGUUUAUUGAGAAGGUAGGGGAACGGGGGACGCGAGAGGAGGGGUUGGAUUUGAGCAAGUGGGUUGAGAUGUUGGCUCUUGAUAUCGUUGGUGAGAUGGCUUUUGGGGAGAGUUUUCAUUGUAUUGAGAAUGGAAAACCUCAUCAUUGGAGUGAGAUGGUGACAUCUCAUGUCUUUAUCGCCACCCUGGUCGAUAAUCUUCGCCGUUAUCCGCUCUUUAACUAUAUCGGGGUUUUCAUUCUCCCUAAACUGACGUUUUCGGUACGGAAUCGGCAUUCGCAGUUCAGUCGUGACAAAGUCGCGCGGAGACUUGAGAGUCAGUCAUCUCGAAAAGACUUCCUCACCAAUCUCGUCGACAAGGUGAAGAACGGCGAGGUUGGGAAGGAAGAAAUGACUGCACAUGCCUCUACUCUAAUCAUCGCCGGAGGAGAGUCAGUAGCGACCUUCCUAGCCGCUACUACCUAUUACAUCCUUAAAAGCCCAUCCGUGCAUGCGGAGCUGUGCAAGGAAACCUGCGCCAGCUUCGACAAUCUAUCUGAUAUCAACGCCACGGCUGCGCAGCAGCUACCGUACCUCCAAGCCGUCAUCUCAGAGAGUCUACGCAUCUACCCGUCUGCAUCCCAGGGCUUUCCGCGUCUGAGUCCCGGGGCGGAAAUCGGUGGCGUGUAUAUUCCCCGUGGGACGGAAGUCUACACCAGCGCCUGGACAGUCACCCACGAUCCACGAUACUUCCACGACCCUUAUGUCUUCAAGCCCUCACGCUGGCUCGAUCCCGCUUGCACUGAUCUUAAAGAAGCUAGCCAGCCGUUUUCCCUUGGUCCGCGUGGCUGUCUAGGUCAGAAUUUUGCAUACGUGGAAAUGUGUAGUAUUCUUGCUAAAUUGUUUUAUACCUUUGAUCUGGAAUUGCUGGACUCCGGACUAGAUUGGGAAAAGGAGAGUAGGAUGCACGUUAUGUGGUGGAAGCCGUCGCUUCCUGAAUCUACAGAUUAUUCGAUUACUUCUGACUGGUAUAACGCUGCAUUCGCAUUCUCCAAGAGAGGCACAGCAACUCUCACACUAUAUAUAUUGCUCGAUGGCCACGAUAUCACGUCUCUAAAUUUACAAUGGUUACGCCAACAAGUCGCGAUCGUUACGCAACAGCUCACUCUCUUUGCCACGACAGUAUUCGAAAAUAUCAGGUUUGGUCUGAUAGGUACUGGACACGAAAACUCCCUUCACGCUGUAAUAGAAAAGCUUGUGUUUGACCCCGCAAAGAAAGCGAACUGUUUUGAAUUUAUCUCCGCCUUGCCGGAUGGAUUCGAUACUGAUGUUGGCGAAAGAGGCUCAUUACUUUCAGGUGGACAAAAACAGCGAGUGGCCAUUGCACGGGCUAUUAUCAGCAAUCCAAAGGUCUUGCUACUGGAUGAGGCUACUUCAGCUCUAGAUGCCCAGGCCGAGCGGUUGGUACAGGCGGCGCUUGAUGUUGCUGCGGAAGGCCGGACAACAAUCACAAUCAGUCACCGAUUAUCUACUAUCACUGAGGCAGAAAAUAUUGUUGUUAUGUCUCACGGACGUGUUGUCGAGCCAGGAACCCACAACGACCUACUUGAGAAACGAUCGAUGUAUUACGAGUUAGUGGAGAAGCAGCGCAUGUCGACCGAAAGGAGUAUCGUAAUCAGCGACGCAAAGUCUGCCCUCGAAGCAGACCCUGAGCUUCUGACCUAA